AAAUCACAAACUCACACCAACCAGGGGCAACACUUAAGGUAACCCAAGAAAAAAAAACACAACUUGCUGUUGAAAAAAAAGAUAUUAAUCAACACAUACAACACACACACACAUACAAAUCAUUAAACCUCUACAUUUUCAACAUCACUCACUCUACCUCACCUUCAUCAUCAUUAUCAUCAUCUUAUGGAUCCCAAAUCAUCGCGCCCAAAUCAAAAUAAUCUCUCACCCAACUCUGCAUCAAAGCUUCGUUUGAAUAAAGUUCUUAAAAGCUAUCGACAAUGUGCUCCUGACAGUUUAAAUGGACCCAAUUUUUACCAUCCUAUCUGGAUAAAUGAUGAUCAUCACGAUCAUGAUAAAAUUAAAUAUCCAGCCGAAAAAUAUUCCAACAAUAGUUCAUCUAUUGUUGCAUCACCAUAUUCAACCUCCUCAAGUCAUAAUAUAAGAGCGCAUAGUAUUAAUUUAACUAACAAUAAUUAUCAUAGUAAGGUUAUUUAUAAUAACACCACCACCAAAACUACCACCGCCAACAAAGCCAAUAAUAAUAUUAACCUUAGUAAUAAUAAUAAUCAUCAAAAUAAUAGUUCAAAUCACAGUAAUCAUACCAAGAAUACCUCAUUGGAAUUGUCAGUGUCGUCGUCAUCAUCAUCAUCAUUAUCAUCUAAUUUAGUUUCUAAAAAUGAUUUACAUCCUCCCGGUAUUCUAUCACCAAAUAGUGAUGAUACAAUUUCGGAUAAUGGUAAUAAAAUCAUUGGUGAAAAAGAAAAAGGAGUUAAAGGUGGAUCUUAUAGCGAAUCAUCAUCAUCAUCAUCAUCAUCAACAUCAUCGUCAUUAACAACAACACCAACAACUAAAGUAACAACACCAGUCACGAAAACAUCAGGUUCAUCUUCUUCUUCACCAGGUACAUUAUCACCAACAUCUACACCAACAACUAACACCACCAUUUUAUCAAAUGAAGUUGUACCACCAAAUUCAAGGAUUCCACAGCCCAUUAUAGUACCAGCCGAUCCAGAUAGUUGCCAAAGAUCAGAGACAAAAUUAGAGGAUUUUGAAAUUUCGUGUUUUAUUGUUGGUGGUGAGGAGCGUCUUUGUUUACCUCAAAUUUUAAAUACUGUUCUAAAGGGUUUUAGUUACGAUCAAGUCAACUCGGUCUGUGAUGAGUUAAAAAUAUUUUGCUCCCGAUGUACACCUGAGCAGUUAGAGGUUCUUAAAAAGACAGAGAUCAUACCUAUUACUGCUCCAAGCUGUGGUCUUAUAACCAAAACGGAUGCGGAAAGACUUUGUGCUGCUUUACUAUUUUACGCUAAUCGUAUUAAAAUGUUAAUGUUAACCGGAUCACCAGUGAACUUGACACCUUUUCCUGGUCCACCGCCCAUGAUGGGCAUGGAUUAUGAUGACCUUUUAUUUGAUUUGAAAGGUUUACCCAUUGGUGGGGGUGAUAGUUUGUUAACACUUAAAACCGAGAAACUUGGUACCGGUUUACCUGUUUCUCAUAAAUGUUUUGGCCAAUGUUCAGGUAUCCUGUAUACAGAAUUAUAUACUGAGCCUACCUCGCGGUGUAUUAGAUGUUCAUCUUGUGGCUUAUGGUUAACACCUAAAAGAUUUGUUACCCAUAUUCAUGCAUCUACAGAAAAUCAUACCUGCCAUUGGGGCUUUGAUUCUUAUAAUUGGAGGUCUUACAUUCAUUUAGAUGAUGAAUCAAAAGAUUAUCAGUGUGCAAUUAAUGUUGAUCAACUUGAAGCGGAAUUAGAAUCAUUCAAAGCACGUUUUGAUCCAACUGUCAACAACCAUAACAAAAAUUCUGGUUUUGGCUUAUGCAAUAGUAACAUUAACUCGUCCGCUGCCAAUAAAAGGAAACUCAAUCAGUCCAAUAAAAUGCAGACUGAGAAAAAAGAUGAUUACGAUAAACAGCAGACAAGUAAUUCAAAUGAUGACCUGUUACUGGAGCCCUUGAAGAAGAUAAAAACUGAAGACAUGGCCACUCUGAAACCUUCUCCUCCCUCUGCUGCUUUUUUAACAUCACCUUAUCCUCCACCUUAUCAUUUGCCGCCACCACCACCACCACCACCUCCUCCUCCUCCUCCUCCUCCAACUUCUGCUUCUUCUCAUUCUCUUCAUCAUUCUUAUCAUCAUUUUCCUGUUUCCACCAAUUGGACUCCGGAUCCUUCUGUGUUCAGCUACAUGUAUCAUCAUCCCAAUUUAUUAUCCACUGUUGCUACCCCAUCAUCUUCAUCAUCAACCUUGUCCGCGUGUACGACUUCAACGACAACAGUAGCAACAGCCAAUCACCAUAAUAACAAUAAUAACAAUAAUAAUAAUCAUAAUCAUCCCUCGCCCAAUUUAUCAUCGCCAGAGAAAAAUCGUCAGGGUAAAAAUCACCAACACCUCUUUUCUGAUUUGGACAAACUUUUAAGGAGAAACAAAGUACACAGUGAUCUUAGAGUACAAAUUUUCAAAGAAAUUGAAAACAUAAUUGAAGAAGUCCGUUCAACUGGUAAUGAUGAUAAUGUUGUUGUUGAUACCACGCCAAGUUAAUCAUCAGCAAUCUAUCAACAAUUUACAACCUCUCUUUCUCUCUCUAUCUCUCAUACACAUUGGAAGCAAUUAAAUUAACAUGCAUACACGAAAAUUCACAAAGAGAAAAAAAAGAUUCCAAGAGUUGAUCAGGCUCGCCAUAUAUUCUACCUCCUUAUUCUUUUUUUGUUGUUUUCUCUUCUAUUAAUACAUCAUCAUUUUCUUUUCUUCUUCUUCUUCUUCUUCUUCCUCUUCUCUCGUGAUCUUGAACCUUCUUCUUCUCUUAUUUUCUUCUUCAAAGAUUAAAGUGGCAAUCGAACGCAUCUCACCUUGUUCAUCAUCUUCAUUUCUCUUCAUUAUCAACCAUUGAACUGUAUCUUCAUCUUUCUCUCUCUCUCUCUCUUUCUCUUCUCAUAAAAAGCAUCUUCAUCUUCAUCUCCAAUGCGAUUUAACUGUUUCAUUUGGAUUUUCAAGAUAAUCUUAACAUCUUCUCACCAUGGAUGAUUUUAAAUCAAUGAUUUCCACCUACAAAUUUGGAAGAUAACAAAAAACAAA